AAUCUUGCUCUCUCUCUCUUCCCGCAUCUCUUCCUUUCUCUUUCUUGAGUCUUCGUCUUUCCUAAUGGAAGCUGCUUUCUCUCCCACGGGGACGAUUAGGAUGAGAUUUUUUCAACAUCACGGCGAGGCUCGGCUGGCGAACACGCAAAGAUUUUGGAGAAUUUGAUGCGUUUUCUUUCCUUUUUUUGUUUCUGUUUGUUGUAGACGGUUAUUUUGUGAGAUUUUUGUUUAGAUUGAGGGAUUAUGGAGGGGGAGAACAAUGGCGGCUUCUUUCGGAGUUUGAUCGACUUGGUGAACGACGUAGCUUUGAUCUCAGAUUACAGAUACGCGGUCAGAAAGCAGUAUUGUAAUCUAGCUAGGCGACUGAAGCUGUUGAUCCCAAUGUUUGAGGAGAUGAGGGAUAUGAAGCAGGCGCUGCCGGACAAUACCGUGGGAGCUCUUGUUUCGUUGAAGAAAGCUAUGGAAUCUACCAAGGAGUUGCUUAGACUUGGGACCGAGGGGAGCAAGAUUUAUCUGGCCUUGGAGAGAGAGCAACUUUUGAAUCAAUUUCAAGAGUUGUCAGCAAGACUAGAGCAAGCUUUGAAUGAAAUUUCACAUGUAGAUCUUGACAUAUCUGAUGAAGUUAAGGAGCAGGUUGAGCUUGUCCUCUCUCAAUUCAAAAGAGCUAGAGGAAGGAAUGAUGCACAGGAUGUCGAGCUGUAUUCUAAUCUCCACACUCUCUAUAACAACAGCAAAGACUUAGCUACUGAUCCUUCUGUCUUGAAGGGACUGGCUGAAAAGUUGCAGUUGAUGAACGUAGAUGAUCUUACUCAAGAGUCCCUUGCCUUGCAUGAAAUGGUUUCGGCCAGUGAUGGAGAUCCAGGGGGGAGAUUUGAGAAAAUGUCAAUACUAUUGAAGAAAAUAAAAGAUUUUAUGCUAACUGAAAACCCUGAAAUUGGCGCUUCUUCAAAAGAACAAAGUCACACUGGUGGACAAGCGACUGCUGGUAAGAAAGAUAUAUCGUCCCUUCCCAUACCUGAAGACUUUCGGUGCCCCAUAUCCCUGGAUUUGAUGAAAGAUCCUGUUAUUGUCUCCACCGGACAGACCUAUGAACGUACAUUCAUUGAGAAGUGGCUGGCAGACGGACACUCGACAUGCCCAAAAACUCAACAAGUCCUCACUAGCAAAAUUCUUACACCAAAUUAUGUUUUACGCAGUCUCAUAGCUCAAUGGUGCGAGGCCAAUGGAAUUGAACCACCACAACGUUCCAGCAGUUCUCAGCCCAGUGAAUUUGCAAAUCCUGUUGAACGCUCCAAGUAUGAAGCUCUACUCCGCAAACUCACAUCAGCUAACAUUGAAGACAAGCGAUCUGCUGCGGGUGAGAUUCGCCUUCUAGCCAAACGCAAUGCAAAUAAUCGUGUAGCCAUUGCUGAAGCUGGUGCAAUCCCUCUCCUUGUUGACCUCCUUUCAACAACGGACCCCCUCACUCAAGAACAUGCCGUGACAGCAUUGCUUAACCUUUCAAUUUGUGACAAUAAUAAGAGAAGUAUCAUGUCCUGUAGGGCAGCGCCUGGCAUAGUCCAUGUGCUGAAGUGGGGGAGUAUGGAAGCACGUGAAAAUGCUGCAGCCACUCUUUUCAGCCUUUCUGUUGUAGAUGAAUAUAAAGUAAUGAUUGGCGCAUCAGGAGCCAUUCCACCACUUAUUGCACUGCUCAAUGAAGGUACUCAGAGGGGGAAGAAGGACGCUGCAACCGCUCUUUUCAACUUGUGUUUCUACCAAGGGAACAAGGUAAAGGCAGUCAGGGGUGGUGUUGUUUCCAUAUUGAUGCAGCUGUUGACAGAAUCUAGAAUAGGGAUGGUAGAUGAGGCCCUGGCAAUUCUAGCCAUACUGGCCAGCAAUUCUGAAGGUCGGGCUGCCAUUGGAGCUGCCGAAUCCGUCCCCACUUUAGUAGCUCUCAUUGGAACAAGAUCCCCUAGGAACAGAGAAAAUGCAGCUGCAGUUUUGAUGCAUAUUUGCACGGGAGACCGACGACAUAUCGUGGAAGCAAAGGAGCUCGGUGUAAUUAGUUUGCUUACAGAUUUGGCUGAAAAUGGCACAGAUAGAGGUAAGCGAAAAGCAACACAAUUGCUUGACCAAAUAAACAGGUUUACUGAGCAGCAGAAAGAGGCUGAGGUUCAGACCCGGCUGUUGCUACCACCACCGCCACCUCCCACAAUCGGAAACGUCGAAAGCUAACCAGAAAUGGCCUCGCCGGUGAAGGAAAAAGGCAGCCGCCGGCCUACCGCCGUGCCGUCACGUCGUUCUGGGAUUGGCUUGAAGACGAUUGUUGAGUGGACAAGUCAACGUACGACGCAUCCCAUGGUUGACCAGAAAAUCUGGAUUCCACUUUUACCCCCUUCUUUCUCUUGGGAUAUUUUUAUCGAUAUUAAUUACGUAAAUUAUUUAAACACAUAAUAAAGGAAUUGAGUUUAUUAAUU